AUGAGCUCCUCUGCUACCUCCUCAGUGCACAAUUGCACCAAUGAUCAACUCCUAUCUUACCUGGAAGCCUUGGAUGAGUAUCAGCUAGAGGAAUUCAAACUUUGCCUCCAGUCCCAGCAGCUGCUGCUUGCAAACUUCCGGCCAAUCCCCUGGGCAAACUUGAAAGCGGCUGAUCCUCUUAAUCUGUUCUUUCUUUUGAAUGAACACUUCUCAGAAUGGCAGGCAUGGGAAGUGGCCCUCAGCAUCUUUAAGAACAUGAAUCUGACUUCACUAUGUGAGAAAGUUAAAGCAGAGAUGAGAGUGAAUAUGCAGACCCAGGGAAUCCAAGAUCAAAACCAAGAAGAACUAGAGUUUCCAGAAGAAGAAACAGGUUCCACGUAUAAAAAAAAAUACAGAGAGAGAAUGAGGGCUAAAAUACUGGCCAUAUGGGACAAUAUCCCUUGGCCUGAAGACCAUAUAUAUCUCCGUAAUACAACAGAGCAGGAACAUGAAGAACUGAAGAACAUACUGGAUCCCAAUGGGACUGGAGCCCAGGCCCAGACAAUAGUCUUGGAGGGUAGGGCAGGGGUUGGAAAGACCACCCUGGCUAUGAAGGCCAUGUUGCAUUGGGCAAAUGGCCUUCUCUUUCAGCAUAGGUUCUCCUAUGUUUUCUAUCUCAGCUGCCAUAAAAUGAAAGACAUGGAGGAGAUCACCUUUGCUGACCUGCUUUCUUGCGACUGGCCCAACUUUCAGGCCCCCAUCGAAGAGUUCAUGUCUCAGCCGGAGAGGCUCCUGUUCAUUGUUGAUGGCUUUGAGGAAAUGGCUAUGCCUGAAUUAUGCCCUUAUAACUUGGAUGACACCCUGCCAUGUACAGACUGGUAUCAGAAGCUCCCAGUGACCAAAAUCCUACUCAGCUUGUUAAAGAAAGAGUUAGUUCCUCUGGCCACCUUACUUAUCACAACCAGGACCUUUAAUUUGAACGAUCUUCAGAAUCUGUUAGUGAAUCCGUGUUUUGUAGAAAUCACAGGGUUCGAAGGGAACAACCAGGAGGAGUAUUUCUUCAGGCACUUCGGUGACCAAAAAAAAGCCAAGAAAAUCUUGCGUCAGAUAAGAAAAAAUGAAACUCUCUUCAAUUCCUUCUGUGCUCCAAUGUUGUGCUGGGCUGUAUGUUCCUGUCUGAAGCAGCAGAAGGCAAGAAAUUGUGAUCUCCAGCCAAUCACCCAGACUACCACCAGUCUGUAUGCCUGUUUUUUCUCCACCUUGUUCUCAACAGCAGAGGUGAGAUUGGCAGAGCAGAGCUGGCCGGGACAAUGGAGGGUCCUCUGUGCUCUGGCUGCAGAGGGGAUGUGGUCUAUGACCUUCUCAUUUAGAAAAGAGGACACCCGGUACAGGUGCCUGGAAGCACGUUUUAUUGAUUCUCUCUUCAGGUUCAAUAUUCUUCGAAAGGUCAGUGGCUGUGAAGAUUGCAUUACCUUCACUCACUCAAGUUUCCAGGAGUUCUUUGCAGCCAUGUUCUAUGUGCUAGAGGAAACUGAAGGAUCCCUUGAUGGUUCCACAAAACAUAAAGAGAUGAAGAUGUUACUGAGGGCUGUCUUUGUUGACAGAAACUUCUAUUGGGCUCCAUUGGUUCUUUUCUUCUUCGGUCUUUUAAAAAAAGACCUAGCAAGAGAAUUGGAGAAUACUUUGCACUGUAAACUAUCUCCCAGGAUAAUGGAGGAAUUAUUAGAAUGGAGAGAAGAGCUAGAUAAGCCUGAAACUGUCUCUAUUCAAUUUGAUGUCCUUCAAUUUUUUCACUGUUUACACGAGACUCAGGAGGAAGACUUUGUAAAGAAGAUGUUGCGUCACAUCUUUGAAGCUGACCUUGAUAUUUGGGGAAACAUAGAACUCCGAGUUUCCUCAUUUUGCCUAAUGCACUGUCCAAGGUUGAAUAAACUCAGGCUGUCUGUCAGCAGUGCCAUCCUUCAAAGGGAAUUGACUUCUGAUGUGGAAACUCUGGGGACAAGCAAAGCCUAUUCCAGGAUGCAUCAGUGGAAGAAUAUUUGCUCUGUGUUUGCCACAAAUGGGAAUGUGAGUGAACUAGACCUGAGUAACAGUCAGUUUAAUGCCUCAUCUAUGAAGAGUCUCUGUUAUGCACUGAGAAAUCCAAGGUGCAAACUCCAAAAACUGACGUGUAAAUCAAUAACUCCCGUGAGAAUUCUGAAGGAGCUCGUCCUGGUCCUUCAUGGUAAUAAGAAGCUGACCCAUCUGGACCUGAGCUCCAAUAAGCUGGGAGUUACUGUGUCAAUGAUGAUUUUUAGAACCCUGAGACACUCAGCCUGCAGCCUCAAGUAUCUGUGCCUGGAGAAAUGCAACCUGUCAGCAGCCAGCUGUAAUAAUCUGGCCUUGUUUAUCACUAGUAUCCAAAAAAUGACACGACUGUGCCUGGGAUUUAAUCAGCUCCAAGACGAUGGCAUAGAGCUUCUGUGCACCGCCCUGAAUCAUUCCAAGUGUACCUUAGAGAGACUGGAGCUCUGGUAUUGCCAGCUUGGGGCACUCAGUUGUAAGCACUUGUCAGAUGCUCUGCUCCAGAACAAGGGUUUGACACAUCUGAAUCUGAGCAAGAACCACCUGGGAGAUGAGGGAGUGAAGUUUCUGUGUGAGGCCUUGUGUCGUCCGGAUUGCAGUCUGCAGAACCUGGACUUGUCAGAUUGUUCUUUCACAACAGUGGGCUGCCAGGAGCUUGCUAAUGCCCUGGAGCAUAAUCAUAAUGUGCAAAUCUUGGAUAUUGGGAGAAAUGAUCUUCAGGAUGACGGAGUAAAACAACUGUGUGAGGCACUCAAACAUCCUAGUUGCGUGUUGAACACACUUGGGUUGGAGAAAUGCAAUUUGACACCAGCUUGCUGCCAGCAUCUCUCCUCUGUUCUCAGCAGCAGUAAAAACCUGGUUAACCUGAACCUGAUAGGAAAUGACUUAACGCCUGAUGGGGUCAAGACACUUUCCUUCAAAAAGACUUGCACAGUGUAG